AUGAGGGGGAAGGCGGUGGACGUGCAGCAGUUGCAGGGGAGGGAGGUGGACGUGCAGCAGUUGCGGGGGAGGGAGGUGGACGUGCAGCAGUUGCGGGGGAGGGAGGUGGACGUGCAGCAGUUGCGGGGGAGGGACAUGGGCGUGGAUAAUUUUCGUGUAAAGGCGGUGGACGUGGAGGAGCUGCGAAGGCUGAUUCAGCGGAGCAGCCUGCGGAAGGGAUUCGUGCAAGACGUGAAGAGCAACUGGGAAAUCAAAAGUCUGAAAUUUGGGAUUAUGAAUAAGGAAGAAAUAAUAAAAUGUUCCGAGGUGAAAAUUUUAAACAGAGAAAUGUACAAAAACAACACAAGCAUACCCUACCCUUAUGGAGUCCUGGACCUUAAAUUAGGAGCUCACAAAAGUAACUCCUUAUGUGAAACAUGUAAUCGAAAUUUUAUGAACUGUUCAGGUCAUUUUGGAUAUAUUGAAUUAAACUACCCACUGUUCCAUGUGGGAUAUUACAAAUAUAUAAUAUACAUAUUGUACUGCAUUUGUAAAGUUUGUUCACACAUUUUGUUGAGCAAUGAGAAGCUUGAAUUUUAUACGAAUUUAAAAAGACGUACGGUGGAGGAUAAAUUUUUUAAAAAGCAUAUUUUUAAAAAAAUUCUGAACAGUUGCAAAAAGGUGACCAAAUGUUACCGUUGUGGAUAUCCUCAAGGAGUAAUUAAAAAAAUUAUAAAACCCAGUUUAGAUCAAUUUAUGAAAUUAAAACAUGUGAUUAAGACCAAGGAAAAUGGAAGGAUGGUAAUAAAAGAGGAUGAUUUGAAUAGUCUUUACGUUUUAAAUUUGUUCAAAAAUAUGAAUCCUUAUCAUAUUAAACUUUUAAAUGUAGAAAAUCCUGAAAAAUUGCUGAUAACAGCCUUGCUGGUACCACCAAACACAAUUAGACCUUCCGUUAUAAUUGAUGAACAUGGAACAGCAGAAGAUGAUUUGACUUGUAUUCUGUCGGAAAUCACACAACUCAAUAACACCAUAAAUAACCAAUGUACUAAUGGCUACCAAACAAAUCAGUUCCUUGGUAAUGUUGAAUUUUUGCAACUUCAAAUUACGAGAUUCAUUAAUAGUGAUUCCCCUGCCGUGUCUCAAUUGUUGGCGACUCAAAAUAUUUCCAAACCUGGUAGGGGAAUUUGUCAGAGGCUUAAGGGGAAGGAAGGUCGAUUCAGAUGUAACUUAUCUGGUAAAAGGGUAGACUUCUCGAGCAGAACAGUUAUAUCCCCCGAUCCUAAUAUUUCCAUUGAUGAGGUGGUCGUGCCAGAAAUUAUUGCGAUGAGACUCACUUACCCCGAGAAGGUCAAUCGGUACAACAUGGAUAGAUUGAAGAGACUUAUAAAAAACGGGACGAACAUUUGGCCGGGGGCAAAUUAUGUCAUUAAGAAAGGGUGUAACAAGGGCAAUUCGUUACAAAUUGGUGGUGGAAUGUCAUCACAAGGGGAUUAUUCCCUUAUCGAUGUGGUGAAACGGUAUGUCGGGCAAGGGGGGGAGGAAGAAGGCAUUAGCAGCGCUCAGCCCACUUCCACCAUGCAACAUGUAGACUCUCGUAGAGGGAACUCUUUCAUUAACAAAAUAAGUUUAAAGUAUGCGAAUAAAAAAUUCAUCAUGGACAAUUUGCAAGUGGGGGAUAUUGUAGAGAGGCACCUAGUGGAUGGAGACAUUGUUUUAUUUAACAGACAGCCUUCCUUACACCGAAUGUCCAUCAUGUGUCACAAAGCCAGAGUAAUGAAAUACAAAACUUUUCGCUUCAACGAAUGUGUGUGCUCUCCUUACAAUGCUGAUUUUGACGGAGACGAAAUGAAUUUACAUGUCCCACAAACGGAAGAAGCAAGAGCAGAAGCUUUAUACCUUAUGAAUGUAAAACAUAAUUUGAUAACGCCAAAGAAUGGAGAGGUGAUGAUUGCUUUAACGCAGGACUUCCUUUCCGCCUCCUACGUCAUCACAAAUAAAGAUACCUUCCUGGAUCGAGACUCCUUUUGUUUACUUUGCUCCUAUUUUUCAGAUGCAAAGGUAGAUAUAGAAUUGCCUGUGCCAGCGAUUCUGAAACCGAAGGAACUGUGGACCGGAAAGCAAUUAAUAAGUGUCCUCAUAAAGCCAAACAGAAAGGAAAACACAAUUAUUAAUUUUGAAAUGAAAGAAAGAGAAUACUCAACAAAGAAUGGAGAUUUAAAAUAUAUGUGUUUGAAUGAUUCUUAUGUUUGUUUUUAUAAGUCAGAAUUGAUUUGUGGCUCGUUAGGAAAGAAAGUUUUAGGGUCUUCCAAGUAUGGCCUAUUCUACUACCUCAUCCAUCACAACUCUUCCUAUAUUGCGCUAAAAGUUAUGAACCGUUUUUCAAAACUGACCAGCAGAUAUUUCUCCAACAAAGGAAUGACCAUAGGCAUUGAUGAUGUAACUCCAUCUGAGACGCUCAUUCAGAAGAAAAAGGAUUUGCUCCAAGAAGGUUAUGAAAAAGUUAAUAAAGAAAUCGCUCUUUAUAAUGAAAAAAAAAUGCAAAUACAACCAGGAUGUACUUUAGAAGAAACGCUAGAAAUAAAAGUAAAAAAUACGUUAGAUGAUUUGAGGAACGAUGCAGGGAAGACUUGUAAUAAAUAUUUACAUCAUUUGAACAAACCUCUUAUCAUGUUUAACUCUGGAGCCAAGGGAGCUCUUAUCAACAUUGCUCAAAUGAUUGCCUGUGUGGGGCAACAGAACGUUACGGGUCAGAGGAUCAAAAAUGGAUUCAUUAAUAGGACUCUCCCUCAUUUUAAUUUUCACUGCAAGGACUCUGAAAGUAGAGGCUUCGUGCAAAACUCGUUCUACACGGGUCUGAACCCAACGGAGUUUUUCUUUCAUACCAUGUCCGGAAGAGAAGGACUUGUGGACACAGCUGUGAAGACUGCUGAAACGGGGUAUAUGCAAAGGAGACUCAUGAAAGCUCUGGAAGAUUUAUCAAUUCACUACGAUUACUCUGUUCGUUCUUGUGAUAAACAAAUUGUACAAUUUAUUUACGGGGAUGAUGCACUGAACCCAUCUUAUGUCGACAACAAUAAUUCUUAUGCUCAUCAGUUUGAAAAAAUAUUUGACCACAUCACUUCCAUUUCGUCGAGCAAUAUUCUCUUGUCCUAUGGCAAGCUCUCCCCUCCUUUGUCCAGCAUUGCAGUACCCCCUGCCCCGUUUUCACCCUCCCCCAUUUCGUCCAUCGUCAACAGGGUCGUCUCUCAAAUGAGUGCCCCGGAUGCGGCGCCCUUCAUCCCCCUGUCCCAUGACCAGCAAUUUGUCAACAUGGUCAUGGAAACGCCGCAGCGACAUGCUAACCGAAGUCAAGCAGCGGAGGAGCAGCAGCAGGAGGAGGACGACGAGGCGACGGCGCAAAACAACUGCGUCCUGCCGCCACGCCAACAUGAGUCCAUUUCACGGUUCGUAAAUGAUUACCGUAACGUGGUGGAGAUAAAAAAACUCAUGGAGAAGAAUCAGGUCUGCCUGAGCGAGUCGGAAAAGAAACUCGUACGAAGCAUGUACAGCCAGAUGAGCAAAAAUGUGGUCAAGAAGAUUGAAAUUGUUAACACAGUGUAUAGAUCUGAGAGGGAAAAGUGUCGCAGGAGUAAGGGGCAAUGUCAGGUGGCGACCAACGUGAGAGAUGUUGUUGGUGGAGACUCCACUACUGCAGAUGUGCAAACUUGUCUCCCCAACAGGAGGAAGAAAAGAUAUGCACAAUCGCAUAGCGGGACGAAUGGAAGCCGCGACAAGGACGAAAGUGCCAAGCUAUAUGAAAGCAAAUUGUACAGGCAAAUGAUAAAAAACAUAAUCGCAUUUGUAAGUGUAUUUGAGUACAUUGAAAAGAAGAAGCAACAUUACAUUCUACUCCCAUAUGAAGUUGUGCAGUGGACAAACUUUCUUAUGAACUACCUACCAGAGCUCAUGCCAACUAACAUAUAUGUUCAUACAAAAUUGUCUCAACGAGAAAGUCCCACUCACCAGGAAAGGACCAAGACAAUGAAUAUCUACAUGAAGGAAAUUAAAAAGUGGUUACUUGUGAAGGCGAUUAAUGUAUAUAAAUUUUUUAAAUAUAAGAAAGGGGUUGACUUGAUGAAACGAAGUGAUUACUUCAACUUUGUUUGUACAGAAACGUAUGAACCAUCUUUUCGCUACCUGUUUUACGAUUACCCAUUUAUUAACUUGAAGCAAUUGUAUUUGUUCAUUUUUUUUAAUGUCUCCAAGUACUUUAAGUACAUUUCUGCUCCGGGGGACGCCGUGGGGUCCAUUUCGGCCCAGUCCAUUGGGGAGCCCGGCACGCAGAUGACCCUCAAGACGUUUCACUUUGCAGGAGUGGCCAGCAUGAACGUGACCCUGGGUGUGCCGCGAAUAAAAGAAAUUAUAAACGCGUCGAGCAAUAUACAGACCCCUAUACUGAAUAUUCCCCUGCAGGUGAAGGACAACUACAACUUUGCCCUAAUGAUGAAAUCAAAAUUGGAAAAAACCACCAUCAGGGAUAUCUGUCUGUACAUAAAGGAAGAUUACACCUCUCGGGGGAUCUUCUUAUCAGUAAAGUUCAACGAGGAGCUCAUUCAUAACCUAUUCUUAAACAUAAAUGCCUACACCAUUAAGGAUAUAAUAAUGAGGCAAAGUCACAUUAACAGGAUAAAAAUUAAUAAGAUUGUUGUGGAGGUGGUGAAUGCGUACAAGCUACACUUGUCGUUGAAGAACGACGAGUUUUUGUUUUUUCAAAUCGAGUCUCUGAAGAAGGGGCUGCUGGAUCUCCUGAUUCAUGGCGACAAGGAUAUAAAGCGCUGUAUCAUUAAGAAGGAGGAGGUGGAGGUCGACGUGUCGGAUGGGCACAUAUCAGACGAGGAGGUCGACGUGUCGAGUGAAGAAGUUGACGUAACGGGUGAACCCCAGCAGGGAAGACCCAACGACAAGCAACCCCCUACCGUCCAUGGCGACGACGCUGACCAAACCAAAGGAGAAGAAGAAGCCACCCCGCAGGAAUGCCCUGAAAAGAAAAGCACCAAUGAGGCGAAACUCAGAAACAUUAUGGAAGCCUUUAAAACACAAAUAAAAGAAGAAAUGUUAAAAAAGGACAACCCAGAAGGGGAAGAAGAAUCGAUUAUCAAUUUAGACACGAUCAAUGUGGACACAUUAAAUUUAGAAGAAUUGGAAAUAAAUAAAAUACGGCAUGAGCAAAUUGAUUUUUACGAUGAUGAUGGAGUAGACUUUAAGCAUAUCAUUUCGAAUCACGUGAUUAAUGUUUUUCAAGUGUUGGGUAUUGAAGCUGCAAGAGUGACCAUCAUCAAUGAAAUAAAAAAGUGCGUCGAGGCGUAUAGCAUAGAUAUUGAUAUCAGGCACAUCAUGCUGCUGGCGGACAUCAUGGCCUUCACGGGAGAUAUCCUUGGGAUAAACCGCUUCGGCAUUCAGAAGGCCAGACACAGCACGCUCAUGCUUGCGUCCUUCGAAGAGACCAACGAACACCUUUUCGUUUCCUCCUUCUUUAAAAAUAAAGACGAAAUAAACAACAUCAGCGAGAGCAUCAUUGUGGGGAAGAAUAUACCCAUCGGCACGGGUGCCUUCCAGCUCCUCUACGAUUACAAAUUCAACCGAGAGGAAAGGAAGCUCACCCUUCUGGAAAGGGCGCAGCGGGAAAUGGAGCACCAGGAAAUGGCAUGA